CAUCGCUGCUUCCAUAAAUAUGGACAUGCUGGUCCCCUGGGGGAAACACCUUACUGCCUUCACACUCCUGUCGCAGGGGACAGUACGACUUUACCGCCAGACCGCCUCGUACCACGAUUACUCCUAGUGCGGGGUCUCGCUGCUCUUGAUCUGGCUGCUCCCCUUUGGCCUUCCUGGCAUGGUUGUACCUUGUGGAACCAAGUUCCAGCCAGUGUAGCUAGCGAGAUCAUUGCAGCACUCACGCCUGGCCACCACGUCAAGGUGGCAGCUUUAGGUUGGGUUCAGCGCUUCCAACCAGACGCAGUGGGGAUCACGCAGCCCCUAUCCUGGGAGGCGCGUAGAACCGACAGCACUCAAACGUUUUGUAAUCUCUUUCAUACUCCUCUGGUUAAUGGUUGGCCACCCCUCUCCUAUUCCUCCACUCUUUAUUGGGCACGAAAAGCAGGAUUCUCUUCGGCAAACCAUGGUUUGGCAUGCGCAGUACAUAGCAAACGCAACCCGCGCCUUGCGGAUUCGUGCAUUGACCUCACCUGGCACACUGCAAUCGUAAUUAAUACAACGUCCAAUGUACGUGAAACGCUCCACAACUUCGAGUGUCUCCCCUGGAUUGUAAGUGGCGUGUUCAGUGACUGCGUGUCCAUGAGGAUGACCUUACACUUUGUGGGUGCAAAGUGCAUACCAAAACAGGGGGAUUACUCUGGUCACUUCAUUGAAAAACACCUAUGCCUUCUCCUCUUGGAAGACGAGAACGGUAUCAUCUGUAUAUUCCAGGUCGACAAGGUUUUCGUCACAUCAUCAUCAUUACCAGCCCUCGCUUUUCAGCUGCUCUUGUCUAGACUUGGGAUGGCCAUCCUCGGCUUCCAAUUGGUCACGACGCUGAUAGGAGCUUGCAUUUUGUCGAAGAUUGUUACGUACUUCUCGUGCACACGCUUUGUCUUUGAUGGAUUGUCACGGUUCAUGGCGCCAUCCGAUCAGCUACUCAUUGAAGCCUCAGGAAACUUUAAAACAAGAAACAAAAAUAAGAAACGCCGCACAGAUGCAACCAAUGGUUCAAAUAGUAAUACGUCUUCCCAAGACAGAUUCUUUUUUCCAAGGGCUUCACCAAUCCAGCUGCAGUCAUCGGUUAUUACGAAUGCCGACGCUUCGGUAUUACCACUAUACUCCAGUUUUCAGUGGCUGUUGGACUUCACUGUAUGCACUUUUGGUAUAUAUCUCGUCACUGAAUUAGCCAACAGUUCGCUGCUUUCUUCACACAAUUGGGCAGCCAUCUCUCCUUCGAGGUCUUCAACGUCUAAUUCAUUUUCCCUAAGUACAAGAUUGAAUUUAAGUCUGGUCUGGUUGGCUCUAGUCGUCUGGUUUACGCUACGCGUGUUGGUGUCAAUGACUGCCAUAUACUUCAGCACACGUACUCCAGAAUUCCACAAAUCCGAGUCUCGGCCUUCGAUCAGCAGUACGGCUCCGGGUGCGAAUUCCGGUGAGUGGUUCCUGGUUAUUGUUACAGGAUUCUGUUUCCUCAUAUUGACUGGAUUUUUUAUGGCACUGGAUGGUCGGUACUUCGAGUUCGAACUUCAUCCUGCGUACGCCAAUCUCACAAUGAAUACGACAGUUUCACCUGGCGUACCUUUGAUUAGCUGGGGUGCGUUCAAUGCUAUAUUGGCAUUCACCUGCGCAUCGAUCGGAGCGCUUUUUGUUUACCCAGGAAUGAAGUUUGGAAGGACCUACUUGGAUGCUGUCUCCAAAGGUCAAACUUCUGUCUACCAGCGACUUUUGUUCCAUUUGACUUUCAUCAUGCCGCUGUUCUCCCUCUUGCUCUGGAUCAAACCCAUCACGGAUCAUUUGCUCCGUUCGCUAACCACACUCAGCUUCAGUCACAUCGUUAUGCAACAGCCCUCUUUGUUGGCUCUGAUCACGGUAUCAAUGGAACUUUUGAGCACACAAAUCGGCACACUUCGUCUUCUCAGUUGUUUAUUUGUUGUGCUUCUCCGAAUUUCACUCACUCGUUUAAAUCUUCAGGUAUGAUUUUUCCUUUCGUUAGGUGGAUUACCUCUUAUUUGCAAACAACCCGUCUAUCCCAAUUCGACCUAAAAAUCAUCAAACAGUUGAACAUGAGCCACACUUCUGUUAAGUUACUGUGGACUGAUUAGCGGUCCCUUCGGUAGGAGAUUUGGUUGGAGCAGCUAAGUAUAUACCCCUUACUGUUUGUCGUCCUCACAGAUGAUGUGAUGAGCACCAAGCAACUUGACGUAACUUGACGCAACUUGACGUCAGUUUGUCCUGAAAAGCAAUGCAGCAUGCGCCUCGUCUUGGCUGGGUUUCAUCCGGUUUGAGUACCACGAUCGAUCGGAAACGGGUUGGCAGUUUUUCGUGCCAGAGACUCUAAUCGUGAUUGGUUAAUUAGUUAUUCCCAGCUCUUUAUAAACAUCUUGGUAGAGAUUACGUUUGACUGAAUUCUGCACUGAUAACGCCUUACCGCUUGCAGUUGGGCGCUACUACGUCCAACAAGCCUAUCAUGCACGCGAUUAGCCAGAAGAUCGCGCCGCUUCCCUGUCCAGCAUCAAGGCGAGCUCUGAUUGGUCGGAAGUCUGGACCCAACGUCCAAUCAUGAUCCAAUAUCUGCGGAAAGCCGCUUGUCAGUUGCGGGUUCAGAAGGCAUCAUAAUUUCCAGUAUGUUUUCUCCGCAUAAUUUUUAUGGGCAAUCCGCCGUACAUUUGUUUUCGACCUGGUUUUUGGGCGUCGAUAAACAUGCACCUAUGGCGGUUGUUUCGGCGGGAACGCUAACUUGGAAGAUUCAGACCUAGAACUGAUCUGAGAUGACAGAUGACAGACACCAAAACUCUGAGACUUUGAUUUGCAAGGUACGACCGCUUCUUGCCUCUACAAUGACGCUACUUUAACCGUGAUGAUGCUGCCUCGCUCCUCAGGUGGGAACUCGCGCAAAUUGGUAUUGGUUUCGGUACUCCUUCUGUUCACUGAACUAUCCCGUUGUAGGGUCACACAGGAUGGGUACAAUCCCAUAUAGGUUCACUGAGUCACGUGUGGAACCAUUUCAGUGACUAGAAGACGAACAGUAGGGAACAGUUUUAAAUCUAGUGGCAGGCUCAAGUGAUGACGCAUAAUUGUUAGAUCAGGUGAAGACCGCUCACCAGCUAAUUGCUAUGGUAUACUUGCAGCGCAAACUGGUAGCCCUUCAUCACUUAUAAAACACACCUAGGACAGCCUCAUAGGGCUAACUAGGGUGUUAGUUAUUGUAAUCCAAUGAGUGUAAACCGUACCUAGCUCGGUGAACUUAGUCGCUG